AUGGAAGAUCUGUUGAGUGCAUUUGAAUCCGUUUCGCUGGACGACGAGGAGACUUCUUCGUCGCUUGCUCACGGAAACGUGUCUCCGCCAGCAGGCGUCGUCUCGCCAGCUGUAUUCGACCUCCACAAAAGGCCGCUCCCGACUCUCUCGUCGGUGCCGCUCUUUUCUCCCGAAGGGCAAGCAGUCGCUUCUGCUUCUCCGCGCUUCUCUGCCUCUCUGAGAGGCGAGGCCUCUCUAAGCAGCUCGCGAUCUGCAAGCACCGCAGAGAACUUCGCGGCGCUACUCGCCGCGGACGAGCAGCCCCAGAAGAACGAAGCAACGCAUGCAAAUGCGCGUGCAGUCGGCAAACUGCAGACAGAUCCAUUUGGAUGGCAGCGGGACUCCCUGGAGUCUCUCGGGGACCUCGCCGACGUCGAUCUCUGCCCCACUGGGGGGUUCGACACUCCUCAGCACUCGUCUGGCAACGACGGAGAUCGCGACGAUCAUGCCGCCCGGAGAGGAGACGGACUCGCAUGCUUCACGCCGAUGAGAGACUUUGCAUGUGCAAGUGUCUCCAGCGGAAGCCGACCAGAUGGUUGCUUUCCCGAGGUGACUCCGAACGGCCAGCAGGGGCAGCACUGCACAGUCGAGGCGCAAAGGAGACAGAGGUAUUCUGGGGGCCUUGGCACAUGCAACGGCGACCACGGCGGGGGCGCCGGAAGGCCGCAGUCCCCCCAAAGAAAUGGGCACAACGCAUGCACUGGCGGCGUCAAGAUCAACGCGUCGUCGAUGGAAGAUCUUCUCAGCUCCCCGUCUGAUGAGGAGAAAGGAACAGAGAUAGAAGAGAGCGGAGACCGGCGAGAAGAGACCCACGAUGAAGCGAAGCAGAAACAAGACGUCGCACCUGCAGAGACACGCCUGCAAGUUUCCAAGACGCGCCACAGCACAGACAGCUGGUACUCGACGGCGUCCACUUCCUCUUCUUCCUCUCCCUCCCAACCGUGUGCGUCCCCUGCUGCUCCCUCGUCGUCUCCCUCCUCUACUUCCUCUUCCUCCGCAUCUUCUGCUUCUUCUUCACCUCCUUCGUCUCCCCCGCCUUCUGCCUCCCUUCCUUCUUCCUCCCCUCCGUGUACUCCUACUCCCCCUUCUCCUUCUCCUCCCCCUUCUUCCUCUUCUCCUUCUCCUUCCUCUUCUCCUUCUCCUUCUCCUUCCUCUUCUCCUUCUCCUUCCUCUUCUCCUUCUCCUUCCUCUUCUCCUCCUUCUCCGCCGCCCUCGGCUGCUUCACCUUCCGCCUGGCUGUUUUCAGAAAGCGAGGGUGAUCCCGAAGGCGGAGCCGCACAUGCAUGCAGGCGUUCGGCGUAUCUGCGGGCGCGCGCCACAGGAUACGUCUCCAACGAGUUGUGGCUCGAGUUGCUCGGCGUGAAGGUCAGCUCAGAAGACACUCGAGACGACGAAGGCCAGUCGAGCAGCGCGGUCGAGGCAGGCGCAGCCGCGUGGAGUUCUGUAGAGCGCCGGCUUCUGGACAAAGACGAGGCGCGACUUCUGCGGAACCUCGCUCUUUCCAGCUCUGUUCCUGUCUCUUCGUGUGCUGGCGGAGGUGGACGUGAAGAAGAGACAUUGCGAAAAACGGUGAAUGAGGAAGAAGUCAAGCGCGCCAGGCGGUUCGUGAAGCUCUACUGCCGGAGGUUCGGCUGUACAUACACCCCGGGGCUGCUUUUUCUGGCUCGCAUCCUCCUGCGUUUCUUCUCCACGACCUCUUCUUCCUCUUCUGCGUCUCCUGUCCCCACUGCUGCUCUCUUGGAUGCGCUGCACAGUUUCCGGUGUCGCUACACAUCCCGCGUUCUCGCAGGGCACGCGCGGGUGGAGGCGCAGCGCAUGCAGUCUGAGUGGGAGGCCGGCAGCAAGCGUUCGUCGCUGUCCUCCGUCGCCAGCAGCUGCGACCGUUCCACCUUGGGGAAGCGGACGGAGACAGAGGGAGUGCCGUGGGUGAUUCUCGAGGCCAGUGGAGGUCUCCAGAAAGUCCCUGCCGCCAGUUCUCUGCCGGCCGAGCCGGCCGCGACAUCUCCGCCUCCUGUGGUCGCUGGAGCGGUGGACGUACACUCGGAAACAGAGCAGACUGCGGCGCGAGAGGGAAGCGCGCGUCUCUCGGGUGUCGACGCCGGGAACUUUGCAGACGGAGACGACGACUUUGAAGACGUCCGUCUCGACGACGAUGCGACCCGCAUGCAGCCGCUGGACAGCAGAAGCCAAGCUGCACCCUCGCGCCUUCACGCUUCUGCCUUCGCUCGGUCGUCUCCGGCUGUUCAGUCGGUCUCUGUGCCCUCUUCUCCAGACUGCGAGCGUGGAGAGGCGCGAGAAGGAGACUGUGGGGAGAGGAAACAAGGAGACUACGGGGCUCGAGGCCGAGAAGGAGAGUGGGGGAAGCUGUUGGAGUCGUUAAUCGCCUACCAUCUGCCCUUUCUUGGGAUUCACCUGCACCGGACGUUGCUGCUGUUGCCUGAGAAUUACGCUUGCCUCCAGCUUGCAUCUGCCUUCGCCUCCUGUUGCUAUCCGGCGAAUUCAGAGUCAGACGCGGCAGACGACGCCCUCCAGGGGACGCGGAGAGAAGGAGAAGAGACUGUGCCGCGUUGUCUCUCCUUCCCCCUCCACAGAGAAGGCCGAGACGCCUCGCGAGAGGACAAAGAGACACACAGGAGACACUGGGACGUCUACGCCGCGGAAGUCUGCGUGCAGCAGCUCUGGCGCCUCCUCGUUCUCUCCGGAGAACCUGCAGCGCCUGCACUGGUCCUCCUUUCGCUGCUCUCUCAACAGGCAGCAGAUCUCUCAUGUGCGCCCUCGCCUUCAGCAGCGACUUCUCUGCUCGCGGCUCUUUCGCUCUCGGAUGCAGAGGCGGAUUUCGGCACAGGACUGCAUGCAGGCGUUUCUCUCGUCAAGUCGAAGCGCACCGCCGAAGUCGCAGUGUCGCGCCUUCCUCUUUCCUUCCUUGUCGAACUCUCCGCCGACAGUUCCUCUUCCUCUCCUUCCACUGUCUCCUCUUGUGUACGAGAGGGCCUCGCGACGGCCUUCAGACUGUGGCAUGGUGCGGCGCUCUACGGUGUGCAGACGCCGCGUUCGUUCAGUCUCCGCCUCGCGAGUGUCGAGCGAGGGGAGACGCAGGAGAGAGGCGAGUUCGCAGAGAAGACAGAGGACUUGGUGCGUCCUCGCAUUUCUUCUCAAGCGGAGGUUUCGUCGAGCGCGGAGAAGCGCGGAGAAGAGGCUACUUCAGCCUUUGAAAAAGAGGAGGGUGAACUGCACGAGGUCCGCGCGACCGAAGAAGAGAAGGAAGACGGUCUGGUUCCUGAAACUCUCGAGGCAUCGUCCGUCUCUCCUGUCGAGACGGCUGGCGUGUACCGGACUUUCCUCCAGAGCGCCCCUGUGUCGGUUUUGGGAUCUUUGCAUGCACAGCCAAUCAUGGCGUUCGAGGCUCACGAGUUGGUCCAGGCUUUGAAGGAGACUGCCCGAAUAAAGUGCGAAUAUGUCGGCCUUCUUCAGGAGGAAGCGCGCUUGCAGGAGUCGGAGGAGAAGCUGUCGGACCUUCUCGUCCCCGAGAACUUUUUGCUUGCCCACUGGCCGCCGUCUCUGAUUGGGAUCGACAUCCUCUUUCCAGCUUUGCCUCUCGCUGCGCAUCUGACGGAAGAGGACUUUCAGCCUCAGCAGGGCGAUUUCGCGGAUGCGUUUCCGCUGAAGAGCUCGACUUCUGCAGAAGAAGCUGCGCGCCCGGCGCUCGCAGCUCCAGGCUGUCCGACACUCCCGAUGGCUGCAUGUCUGUCGACGCUGCUGGACGUUGUCGCCUUCGUUCUGGAGGCGUGGACGAUGACGUUGAUCGACUGCAGAACUCUGGAGGAAGUGGAGAAGAGCAGCUUCGUUCGCCUCGCACAUGCAGUUCUCGUCGACGGCCAGGUACUGAAGAAGCGAAGACCGGAUGCUUCUCGCACCGCCGCGGCGCCCGGCGAAGCAGACGGUGCGUCGACGCGAGGACCGGUGCCCGACAUGCCGGCCGACGAAGGCGAGCGAGAAGACUCGUCUCUUGGGGACUCUGAACAGCGGGGGAAGGCAAGUAAGCAACCUCUCCCUUCGAGCUCCUUCCUCGACGCCGGCUUCAAGACGCUCUUCUCCACAGCGAAGUCUGCCUCCUUCCUCGACAGAAGUCUUGACCGAAGUCCAGAGAGUCGUCCGCAGGAGGCAGCGGGGACUCCGAGUCCCUGCGACGGCUCCGACGGCGAGGAAGAGAGAAAGAGGGAACUCGCACAUGUCCUCCGCAAAUGUGCAGUGGCGCGGGGGAAACCUGUAACCGUCUUCGCAGAAGAUCCGUCUGCAGAGAACGACGGAGAAGACAACGCACAGACGCUCGCCACCCUCCUCAUUGAAAACCAGUUCGUUCGCGUCUCGCACCUCCUCGGCGGCUGGGCAGCUUUGGUGGCGGCGAUCGAACGCGCAGAGCUCUCUGCCCAGCUGCUCACGGAGAGCCUCGUCUCCCCGUCCUUCCGCCUGUCCGACGGCUCCAGUGCCGCGGCCUUCACGGCGGGCGCCGCGGCGGCUCUGCAAGAGUGGAGCUCCAGAGCGAGAGAAAAAGCUCGCGGCUGGGUCCAGGCGUCUGCAUCGAAAACACAGGCCUUCCCCCUCAAAUGGCAAGCGUUCCGCAGGGCGCGAGCAUCUUCUUCGUCUACAGAGGAGGGUGAAGAGAAGGAAGACCUGAGAGUGGAGGCGCCUCACGCAGAUGCGCCGGACUCGGAGUCGCAGCCUGAAAAGAAGGAAGAAGAAACUGAGAGCGAGAACACAACUGAUAAGGAGAAAGAGACGACUGCGAAUACCUCUCGUCCUUCCCUUGAAGAAAUGAAAAACCAAGCGGCAACUGUGAAGGCCGCCGCAGCAACGCUCUUUUCUCAACUCUGGACGAAACCGACCGCGUGUGAGACCACAGAGUUUCCUUCAUCCUCUUCUUGCUCUUCUUCUUCCUCUUCGUCUUCUUUUUUUUCGGCGCUGCUCCGCGGGGAAGGCGGUGCUUCGCGUGCGAAGCCGCAGAGAGCUGAGGGGGGCAAAGAAGGGGAGAAAGUCGAUCCAGAGAAGCAAGGGGAGGAGAACGAACCUGCAAUCUCUGAAGACGUUUCGAAAAAGCAGGCAUCCCGAGAGACGUCUCCUCGCAGCUCUUCUCUUGCGAGUCCUCAGUCGCAUGCAGCCCCCGAAACCGUAGACAGGAGAACCUCAGACGAACCGCCAAACAUCUCUCCUUCUUCUCCUCCUUCGUCCUUUUCUUCUUCUUCUUCGUCCUUUUCUUCUUCUCCCCUGUGGCCGUCUCUGAGGGCCGCGGAGUUUCCUCCGGCCGCCUCCACGAAGUCGGGAGAGCCGUCGCGCCGCGAGAAGGUUUUCUCAUCGCUGCUGUCCUCUACGAUGGGAGGUGCAGACUACGUCAAAAGAAGUUCCUCGAAGUGGAAGGACAGUCUCAAGAGCAUAACGCUCUCUCGGGCAUUCCAGGCUGCGCAUCCAGAGCCCCCAGCGGCGACCGCCGAGAGCGAGAGAGCUGACGCAGGCGUUUCAACCGGGGACCCUGCAGAGAGUCGACGGACGCGGACAGAAGAACAGACGCACCAGGAUGCGAAUUCAGAGACUGACAGAGGCAGCAGAGAGAGCUUGCGAGAACAAGGCUCUUUCUCUGCAGGAAGCAUUCUCGGAUUCGAAGAAGCUAGUGGAGCGUUCGAAGUGCUCGGAGACGUCCGGUCUGAUCUCGCCCAAGUCGCCAGACUCGGAGAAGCGGGACUCCUCCCUAGCGAUAUCGAUCCUGAAGAGGACGGCGUCUUCGAAAUCGGCGACGAUGACGAAGGCGAAAACCGAGGCACCAGUGGCUUCGGACCUGUCGAGCGCGUCGGCUCCGAAGCUGGUCAAGACCUCAUGCUCAUGAUGAAAAAAUAUGAAAUGUACAUCCAGGAAAUCCAAAGCCUCGAGAAAGGAUCGAUCAUCGACCUUGUGGAGGUUCAGAAACAAAUUGGAGAUCUCCAGAUUUUCGAGGCUCUGAAACUACGGCCGAUCAAGCCACGAUGGAGUUUCACCCUCUCCGAAGGUGUCGUUGCCAAGAAUGCCGAGAAAAAGUCUCUGCGCUGGAUGCUGCUGACGUUGCACCAGUUGAUUGUUCUCGAGCCGCACUGCUCGGAGAAGAAAGCCGAUCAAGACGAACGAGGAAGCGAAGCGGGCUCCCCGCUCAAGUCAGAGAACGCGGACGCCGAGAAGGACGGCGCCUCGUCGGUGCUUCGUCCUCGGUUGGGUUCGGGAGUUCCCUCUUGGUCCGGACACUGGAGAAACGCCGUCAUAUCUUUCGGGGAGAAGGCGAAGGACGCCCUGCAACACAACGCUGUCAUCGAGCAGCUCCAGUUACAGCGCGCAGGAACGGGAAGCGACGGCCCCGCGACCUUCGAGACGAUAACUGGCAUCAUCACUCUGCCGCAUGCAGCUUCUCGGAGCGGCGAAGGAGCCUCCAAAGUCAGCUGCUGGGUGCGGGUGAAGAGCAAUCACAAGCUGAGCGACCUCCAGAAAGCUCUGCAUUUCCCAGAGGAGGCGCAUCGUCUCUCGCUGGUUUUAUGCAAUGGAAAAAGCAAUUCCUACCAAGUCCUGGCGCGCUCGGCGUUCCUGGAAGCCAUUCAAAAUCGUCUCGCGUCUCUCAACAUCGACGUUAGCGCGGCGUGAGGGGGAAGCAGAUGGUGCCUACCGCUGAGCUCGAGAGAGGAGAAUCAGCUCACUUCUAGACGGAGCGAAGCGACGGUGGUGGACUGCGAGCUCGCCGGUUUCUCGAAGAGCAAGGAAACGCCAGAGCAGCCGUUUUCUCGUCAAACGCCAACGCAUUCUCGCCGUAGUUGCACCUGCGCGAAGAAGCGGCGACUUCUGCAGCAUGUUUCUGGAACGCAUCUUUGCAACGGAGGUCGAGUCCCCGUCCGCUUUGCGACAAGGAACAGCGACUCGGUCGCUGAGAAAGAGUUCCCCGUUUUUCCGCGGUGUAUGCACACUCUGCCUGCUCUGCGCCCUCCCGUUCAGAAACGAGAGGGUCUUUCCUGUUUUCGCGUAUUGCGGUGCGGAGGGCGAUCCGGCGCGUUUGCGGCCUCGACAGUCAGAGUUUUAGCA